AUGCUCCAAGAGUCACAGGAGCGUGAAGCUGAACUCAAGGAGACUCAAGCAACGACUCUGAAGCAAGCCAGGGCGAAGCUGCGAGACUCCGAGAGUGAGCUCCAGGACAAGCAGGCAAAGCUGUUGCAGCGUGAGGCCGACUUCGAGCGCACCAUGCAGGACAAAGAGCGGGAGUUCCAACAGACGGCCCGACAACAACAGGUGCGGGAGAAGGAGCUUCGCCACAGGGAGGUGGCCGUCGCAGAACGUGAGAAGGACAAAGAGAGGGAGUUCCAGCAGACUGCACGUGAGCAGCAGGUGAGAGAGCAGGAGCUCUGUGAGAGGGAGCGAGCUGUGCUGCAGCGUGAGAAGGAAUUGAACAGGAGGCCGCUUGCUGCUGCGAUGUCCCUGGGACCCAGAAAGGUGGCACAGACACCGGAAGAUAUUGCGCAGGUCUCCCCUCAGCGUCCGCCAGCGAAGGAAAGACAGCUGGAGACACCGCCAGGCCCUGCUCAUCGAACUGUGUCUCGAGAAGUCCCAGCGCAAGCCAGGCGAAAGAAGCGCACGCUGUCUGACUACAAGAGCCAAGAUGAGCAGAGGUGGGGCUGGUACCAGCAUUCCGCCGAGAGGAAGCGUGAAAGUGUGGCGACGACAGAAUCACUGUCGCAGCCGCAAGCUGCGCAAGAAGUCUGCAAAGAAAAGUUGCCCGAGCUGCCGCAGAAGGCCCCUCGAAAGCCAUGGAGGCCUGAGGCGGCGCUGCAAGUAGGACACGAUGUGGCAGAAAGACCCAUUGAACAGGCCUCAGCAGGAAAGGAAGACAGAGACAUCUGGGCUUCCGUGCCGGAGCAGCCAGAGGAUCAAGUUCCUGAAGAGUCUGUGACGCCUUUCCACAAUAACCAAGCUGGAGAAGAAACUUCCGGCGAAGAGGUGGAGCCGGCGGAAGUUCCCGCAGACUCGAGCGCGCCUUUGCACUCCAGGCCUAGACAAGAAAUCCCAGAAAAGGGCUUCAUGACACUGGAUCUGGGAGAGCUCUUGGAUGCGGUUUCCAAAGGCCUUGACCCUUUGGAGGUGGAGCAGUCGAAGCGCCAGAAGGGGAGCCAAGAUGCACCUCAGGCGCCUGUAGAUGGAGACGAAGACCUCUCUGAGCCCGAGGCGCCUGAAGAAAUCGACUGGAGCUGUGACGAAGAAGUCGAGGAACUGCCGCAGGCUGUGCCCAAGCCGAAGCCUGCGCCCCCUCUGGAAGUGCUGCAGGCUGUGCCUAAACCCAAGCCCGCGCCCCCCUCGGCACCUUUUUGCGAAGAAGAUAUCAUGCAGCCACCGGCCGAGGACUUUACUCCAGAGCCACCGAGGCUAGAGCAGUUAUUGCCAAGUGAGCCGUUUUUCAAGGACAGCGCCGCUUUUGCCACCUCAGAGCUUGAGGAAGACGUGAAUACCAUGCCACAGGACGCUCGCGAAACGCGCCUUGAAGCUGAGGAUGCUAGCGACCGAGCUGACUUCCCGGAGACGGAGCAGUCUCAGGAGCUUUUGGCUGAGGACGAUGGGGCUCUGGGUAUGGAGGAGGCGUCUCCUGCAACCCUGGCGCCGGCGGAGCCUGUACUCACAGGUCGCCAGAAGAAGCAAAAGUGGAUGGAAAAGAAGUUCCCCGGCCUCCCUGCGAAAGGUGCCUCGAAGGGUGGCCAGAAAGGGCACAAACAGCCCCGGUCGGACGCAAGGACCCAGGUUUUGCCUAGGCCUUGGCCCAAGUUAGGCGCUGUGUCUUCGAGUGCCCUGGGUCCGGCUCAUAGCAGAGCCUGCCCUCUUAGAGGUUCUCCGGAUGUCGACCGCGAGGAGUUUAGCCGCCCAGGUCGCAGCGAGCGACUCAGCUGCCCGGCUUUUGGAAUAUGGCGCCGUCCUGGAGAUGACCUGCUACGCCUCACAAGCCGCCGCGAACACCGCGGCAGCCCCGUCAUCGAGACGAACCAUGAGCCGUCGCUUGGAUGGAAUUCUUCUGUGGGGUCCAGGGCGCAGGGCUUAGUUUCUAGUUCAGCGUUGAAAGCAAUGGGGUUUCAGGGUUCCCGGGGCUGA